ACCUUGUGUCACAUGACUGAAGAAUCCAGGAAGUGUUUUUCCUCCCACAAAGCGGAAGCAAAUAAUUUAGUGGACCUGAAACUGUUAUUGGAGAAAUUGUUUACAAAGGGACCUGAACUCUUCGCUGUAGCGCGAUCCAUCUGGUGUCCCCUCCAGUAGUGCGAUCGCUGCCAUCGCCGUUCCUCGGACUUGGCACCGGACGUUAGACGUUGCUGAUCUGCAGUUCCUCUGACUACCAAUGGCAGGGCGCGGCGGUGGAGCAAAUCGGCCUAAUGGUGCUGCGGCGGCAAACAAAAUCUGCCAGUUCAAGCUGGUGCUGCUGGGGGAGUCGGCUGUGGGCAAGUCCAGCUUAGUGCUGCGCUUCGUUAAAGGCCAGUUCCACGAAUUCCAGGAGAGCACAAUCGGAGCUGCGUUCCUCACUCAGACGGUCUGUCUGGACGACACCACUGUGAAGUUUGAGAUUUGGGACACAGCGGGUCAGGAGCGAUACCACAGCCUCGCCCCAAUGUACUACAGAGGCGCACAGGCAGCCAUCGUGGUUUACGACAUCACCAACACAGACACAUUUGCACGUGCAAAAAACUGGGUGAAGGAGCUUCAGAGGCAAGCCAGUCCCAACAUCGUGAUCGCUCUGGCAGGCAACAAGGCAGACAUCGCUGACAAGAGAGCAGUGGAAUUUCAGGAGGCGCAAACAUACGCUGACGACAAUAGUCUGCUCUUCAUGGAAACUUCAGCCAAGACUGCGAUGAAUGUCAAUGAAAUUUUUAUGGCCAUCGCAAAGAAGCUUCCAAAGAGCGAGCCUCAGGGCGGAGCAGGACAAGGCGGGCGGACAAGAACCGGGGUGGAUCUACAAGAGGCGACCCCCGCAGGCCGCGGCGGCGGCGGCGGCUGCUGCGGCGGCCAUUAGCAAGUGCAAAACGACGAAUCUGGAGAGCGAGCCGUGAACUUCAUUUUAAGGACAACAUGUAGCUAAAACGCAGGCAGGCAGGCAGGGGAAGGCAAAGCCUCUCGCUUCUCCUGUACUUAAUCUGAUAUUACAGAUGUGAUUAUCUGGAUCCUCUUUGAUUAAAAGAACUUUAACGAGAAUCAUAAGCUAGAGGGAACUCCCAGCAUCCUCCAGUACUUCUUUACCGUCUUUCCACUGUUUGUCUAAAAUCCCGUUCAUCUUCCGUCUGUUGAUUCAGCCUGUUUGGCUUCUCACAGAGCGCCAUCUUCAGAUUGUUGCUGUUCUGGGUGAGCAUGUGUGUUUGUUCUGAGUGCGUGAGUCGGUGUGUGUGUGUGUGUGUGUGUGUGUGUAUAUAUAAAUAUAUGCACACACACGUGGUUGAUGUCUGUCACUUCCUUAAUUGCUGAUCUUUAUUUAGUCAACCAGUACGCAAUAUUGUUAAUGCUAAAAUUGCAAGCAGCAGAGCGAUGAAGCUUUUUGUCUUAUUACAAUGAAAUUCACAUGAUUGCAUACCUGUUUGUUUUCACCUGGGAUUUAACUCAGUAGUUACUAAUGUGUAUAGUGAUAUCUUUGUGUGCCUCCACACAUACUACAAAGAUUACUAAGAUCGUAACCUGUAAAGAACGUCGUUGCCUCCAAUGUCUUCAAGGGAAACUGUCUGAAAUGAAUCAGUUUUGUGAGUGGAACUUAUUGACUUUUGCACAAAUAUUGCUGAAAAACACAGUGAGGUUCAUCUACAACCAACAGUGAAAAGUCCAUAUAAUCUGACGGGCAUGCAAUGCAUGCAUCUCCCAUACCGCCAUACCUAUAUCUAUAUCUGUAAGGUUCGGACCGAUCGGAUUUCCAUGCCCCGCUAGAAAUGUAAAUGUUAUUUCUGAGAAGGACUCAGAUGAAAUGGAUAGUUUUAGAAAUGCUCACAAAUUAUUUUUGUUUUUUGGAGGAGUGAUGAUUUGGUGGUUCACUCAUAAAAAAGAAAAAAAGCUUCUCAAAUGUUGGAAAAAUAUAUAAUUGCUUUCAUUUGUUGUGUCCUGAUAACUAACAUCGAGAUGUUAGUCAUUUUUUAAAAAAGAAAUAUGAAAUAACUUGUAAAUCAAAAAAAAUAAAUAACAUUCAAGACUU